GUAGAGAAAAUUACGCAAACUCAAUUUACCAAGUAUAGCAAAGUCUUUCCAAGCCCGAACAAUGGCAACGGUAACCAUAGAUGGCAAAGAACCGCUCACUAUAUUUAACUCUCUCUCUCUCUCUCCCUCUCCCUCUCUCUCUCUCUCUCUCUCUCUCUCUCUCUCUCUCUCUCUAUAAUCUCAACUGAAUCUCUAUCAAGUAUCUAUCUUUCUCUGCUUUCUUGGAUUUUGCAAAGAGCAAAACACCUAUUCACAUAUUUUAAAAAAUUAAAAAAAAAAAAAAGAAUCUUUAUAAGAUGACCCUUCUUCAAGAAUUUCUUCGACAUGUUGAAUUCUUGAUUCUUGAAUUUUACUGAGACUAACAAAAAAAUUGAUUGAUUGUAUUUGUUUUGUCUUGAUUGUAAUGGGGUUUCUUGAUUGUGGGGGUGGUGGAGGGAAGUGUUCAUUUGGGGGUUUCAAAACCCUUGUGAGGAGGAAACAGGUUGAUUCUGAGCACGCCAACGCAGCUUCCUCUGCAACUGGUCAACAUCAGCUGGCCAAAGCGUUGACCGUACCUCAUCUCAUUACCAUUGGAGUUGGUUCGACAAUUGGUUCGGGGGUUUAUAUUCUAGUCGGUACAGUUGCUAGAGAGCAUUCAGGUCCAGCUCUUACCGUUUCGUUUCUGAUAGCUGGCAUAGCAGCUGCUCUUUCUGGUUUCUGCUAUGCUGAGCUGGCAAGUCGUUGCCCUUCCGCUGGAAGUGCCUAUCAUUAUUCCUACAUAUGCAUCGGAGAAGCUUUUGCUUGGUUGAUUGGUUGGGCAUUGAUGUUGGAAUACACUAUCGGAGGUUCAGCUGUUGCUCGUGGAAUCUCCCCGAAUCUGGCUUUGCUUUUCGGAGGUCCAAAUAGUCUACCUUCUUUUCUAGCUCGACAAACCAUACCUGGAAUCGGCAUUGUGGUCGACCCAUGUGCAUCCAUCUUAGUUAUUGUGGUUACUGGACUUUUGUGUUUGGGAAUUAAGGAGAGUGCGUUCGUCCAAGGAAUCGUUACUGCGGCAAAUAUAUGCGCAUUGAUGUUUAUCAUAAUUGCCGGUGGAUAUUUAGGCUUCAAGACUGGAUGGCGUGGCUACGAACUUCCUGCAGGAUAUUUUCCAUUUGGGGGUCAAGGAAUGCUUGCUGGUGCUUCGACUCUUUUUUUCGCAUACGCAGGGUUCGAUUCGGUCACUAGUACUGCAGAAGAGGUGAAAAACCCGCAAAGAGAUUUGCCCGUCGGUAUCGGUCUUGCACUAUCGAUAUGCUGCACACUCUACAUAUUGGUUUCUGCAGUAAUUGUUGGUUUAGUACCCUAUUAUGCUAUGGAUCCAGAUACUCCAAUUUCGUCUGCCUUUGCUAGCCAUGGAAUAAAAUGGGCAGCGUAUGUAAUAACUAUUGGAUCAUGUACUGCUCUUUGUUCAUCAUUGAUGGGGUCACUCCUUCCCCAGUCACGAAUAUUAAUGGCAAUGGCUAGAGAUGGAUUGCUUCCCUCGCUUUUUUCGCAAGUUAAUAAAAGCACUCAAGUUCCUGUAAAGAGCACAAUUGUGACUGGACUAUUAGCCACAAUCUUGGCAUUCUUCAUGGAUGUCGAACAGUUGUCAGGAAUGGUUAGUUUGGGCACGCUUCUUGCAUAUACAACGGUGGCAAUUUCGGUGCUGAUAUUGAGAUAUGUUCCGCCCGAUGAGGUCCCUUUUCCGUCUGAAUUUCAGGAAGUAAUCGAUUCAGUUUCUCUGCGAAGGAAUAUUCCCGUGGAGAACACGGAAGCCUACGGUGUAUCCUCGGAGAAUAUUCCACUUUUAACCACGACAGAAAAAUAUCCGUUCGUAAAUAAAGGGAAUAGACGGAAAGUUGCUGGAUGGGCGAUCAUGGCCACGUGUGUUGGAGUUCUCGUUUUAACUUGUGCUACUUCAAGUUUGAGCCUUUGUAGGACUAUUCGAUAUAUACUUUGCGGGAUUGGUCUAGUUCUCCUUUUUUCGGGUGUGAUAUUGCUCAGUUCUAUCGACCAAGAUGAUGCGAGGCAUAAUUUCGGACACACCGGAGGUUUCAUUUGCCCGAUGGUUCCGCUUCUACCUAUUGCCUGCAUUCUUAUCAACGUCUACUUAUUAGUUAACAUCAGUGCUGCUACGUGGACUCGAGUAUCGGUAUGGUUGGUGGUGGCACUAUUUGCGUACAUUUUCUACGGGCGGAAGCACAGUCUGUUGGAGAAUGCCGUUUAUGUGCCUGCUUCGCAUGUUGACGAGAUUUACGAGACCUCCUCCAAUUGUGUAUCGUAGUUUGGUGCUUAUUACAGCAGUGUAUAUAACAUGUAGUUGAUAGAUAAAUAGGUCAGUAGAUAUAGAUAGCUGAAGUAAGAAGAUGUAUGUACAUAUUCUAGCAUCAUUUGGUUUACAUCUGCCCAGAAAUUUGGAUACAUUGUAAAUAUUGUCUAAUAGACCAAUAAAUACACAUGAAAAUUUGAGAGAAAA